UCUCGCCGUCUCACGGUUCCCGUUCCUUCCCACUAAAAACUUCACUUUGUGCCUUUCUUUUUCUCUCAAAUACAUCAGAAAUUCAAUUAGGGUUUUGAUAUCUUACUGUUCUAAGACUUGGGGAAUUUUUUUCUUUGUUCCCCUACCCUUCUUUUGGGGAUUAAAAGGAAAUUAGAUUUAGGGGUUUUUUUUUUUUUUAAGCAGUGAGCAGGGAUGCAGCAAGCCCCGCCCAUGAUUCCGGUCAUGCCUUCAUUUCCCCCUACCAAUAUCACCACUGAACAGAUUCAAAAGUACCUUGACGAGAAUAAGAAACUGAUUUUGGCAAUUUUGGACAAUCAAAAUCUUGGAAAACUUGCUGAAUGUGCCCAGUACCAGGCUCAACUGCAAAAGAAUUUGAUGUAUUUGGCUGCAAUAGCAGAUGCUCAACCACAGACGCCAACAAUGCCUCCACAGAUGGCUGCCCAUCCUGCCAUGCAACAAGGAGGAUUCUACAUGCAGCACCCUCAAGCUGGUGCCAUGGCUCAGCAACCGGGUGUAUUUCCUGCAAAGAUGCCUUUGCAGUACAAUAAUCCACAUCAACUGCAGGACCUCCACCAGCAGCAACUACACCAACAGCAUCAGCAGGGUAUACAAGGGCAAGUCAGCGUUCGACCUGGAGGGCCCAAUAAUGGCAUGCAUCCGAUGCACAGCGAGACAGCCCUAGGAGGGGGUGGACCUCCUGUACCUUCUGGCCCAAGUGAUAGAAAUAAACAGGAUGCAUCCGAGGCAGGGCCCUCAGGAGCUGAUGGCCAGGGGAACUCAGCCACUGGACGUGGCAGUGGAGAAGGUUCAGAGGAAGCCAAGUAAUGGGGCCUUAAAAAAAAAUGUUUAGGCUGCACUUUGGCUGUUUGUGUUUGUUGAUAGGAGGAGGUUUCUGUCGUAAUAGGACUGGUUGUGGCUCAUGGUUUUUGUGAUAAUUAACAGAAAACAGAGUUGCUUUUAUAGGGAAGGAUAGGUUUGGUUGGUGUUUGUUAUAGUCGACUUUGUGUUGUAAUUAUAGGGAGAAAGCUUGUGGUCUGAGCUUCGGCUUCUAGUCUCUGUAAUAGGCUUGUGUUUAGGGGAUGUCGGUCAGUCCAACUAAUUUUAGUGUUGUUGUUGUGAAAGAAUGCAUAAGCUUUUCCUAAUUUUGGUGGAGCUCUUGAUCAGUAA